AUGAAGAACCCGAAUAUCUUGACCGUUUAUUUCGAUGACAAGCGCCCGGAGUCCGAGAAACAGGGACAUGGAGUAGAUGUACAAGGACCGAUUGAUUACUCGCCGUUACCACGUGUCACGGCAAGGACUUUUUGGAUGGGAGUGCUAGUUUCCAUGGGGGGACUCAUCUUUGGAUAUGAUACUGGUCAGAUAUCCGGGUUUCUCGAAAUGCCUGAUUUCCUAGAUCGCUUUGGCCAGCGUAACUCGCAGGGAGUAGCAUAUUUCAGCACUGUCCGAUCUGGACUGAUCGUCGCCUUACUAUCCAUCGGAACCCUCAUCGGCGCUCUUGUCGCUGCCCCCGUAGCAGAUAGGAUUGGUCGAAAACAUUCCAUUUCAUUUUGGUCAGUCAUCGUCUCUGUGGGAUUUAUAGUCCAGAUCGCUUCUGUCACUGCAUGGUACCAGAUGAUGAUCGGACGUUUCAUCGCUGGACUGGGUGUUGGCGCCCUGAGUCUACUGGUCCCUAUGUAUCAAAGUGAAAGCGCUCCGCCAUGGGUUCGAGGAGCGCUUGUUUCCACGUAUCAGCUCUUCAUUACCAUGGGCAUCUUCUUAGCAGCCUGUUUCAACUAUGGAACUGUGGAGCACCAAGCUGGCAAUUCUGGUUCAUGGAGGAUUGUCAUCGGUUUGGGAUGGCUCUGGGCAGGUAUCCUUGGCUUCGGUAUACAGGCAUUUCCCGAGACCCCAAGAUACGAUUAUAGGCACGGCCACGUCCAGCGAGCAACACGGACGCUCUGCAAAAUCUACGGCGCGUCAGAGAAUCACUGGAGCAUUCAAGUACAGCUGGAAGAGAUUGAGACUAAGUUUAAAGCUGAGAGCCAGCUUAAAGUCGGGCCGGUGCAGGACUUUAUCAACAUGCUACGUGCACCACGCAUGGCUUAUAGAAUCGCGCUUGGAAUCGGUCUGCAAGCUCUCCAGCAGCUUACAGGAGCGAAUUAUUUCUUCUACUAUGGGACCACGAUAUUCAAAUCUGUGGAUAUCAACUCCUAUGUGACUCAGAUCAUUCUAAACACCAUAAAUUUCGGUGUGACUUUCAUCGGGCUCUAUCUGGUUGAACACUACGGUCGUCGCAAAUCUCUGAUCGCAGGGUCCAUUUGGAUGUUUGUUUGCUUCUUAAUCUUUGCUUCAGUGGGUCAUUUUUCCCUGGAUCGAAACAAUCCGCAGAAUACUCGUGGUGCAGGCAUUGCCCUGAUCGUCUUUGCGUGCUUCUUCAUCCUUGGAUUUGCAACCACGUGGGGGCCCAUGAUCUGGACGAUUAUGUCCGAGAUAUAUCCGUCCAGAUAUCGUGCUAAGGCCAUGUCUCUUGCUACCGCGAGCAAUUGGACAUGGAAUUUCCUCAUAGCCUUCUUCACCCCGUUCAUCACCAAGUCGAUCGAUUUCCGCUACGGUUACGUUUUUGCCGGAUGCAAUGUCCUCGCCGCAGCUGUGGUAUACUUUUUCGUCAUAGAAGGACAGGGUAAAACGCUCGAGGAAAUCGACACAAUGUACCUCGAGGGCGUCCCUGCGUGGAAGAGCUCCAAGUGGAUUCCGCCACCACAGGCUGAAAUGGCACAUAUUAGACAGAGGGCUGGUACUGAACUAACGCCAGAUGAUCAUAGCAAAGAUCGUGCGGUCCAUAAUGGUGAAGAGGCCAAUCCUCAGAUAUCGCAUCAUGAGGCAGUCUGA